UUUCUCGAAUCUCAUAAAACUCCAACUAAUAAACCCACUUUUUUCAUUUCAUUUCAUUUUUUUUUUAUAAUUUUUAUUUUUCCAGAUUUCUUUCUUUCUUCUUUUUAUCGUUUUUUUUGUUGUUUUUUAUUAUCUUUACAGCUCAUUGCUUGCUAUUUGCAAUUGCAUUCCCUCACCUCUCCUCUUCCUUCACAGAUCGAAUCAAUCCAAAAAAAGUGAGAUAGUGGUUUGAAGAAAUUGCUUGUGUUCGAGAAAAGAGUACUGCUGCUAUAUUGAUUUUGGACAGAUCUUCCUUGCAGUAUUGCUCUCCAUAUUGCAUCUGUUAAGAUAAUAACACACAUAUGCUGUUAGAUUUUCUGUUUGUUCCUUAAUUGUUUGUUUCUGGAUGAAAUUGUUAACCAAUUGACAUAGUUCUUGUGCAAUUUUCGUUGAGUUUUAUGGUUUUCUUUUCCGACACAACUGGCAUUGUAGUUUCAAUCAGAAUCUAAUUCUGGUACAUGGAUUUGCUAGAUUUACAGGUUUUUUUUCUGGUACAUGAAAUUCUUAUCGUGGUUCACUCUUUUUUGUUAGCAGCCUUUCUUUCCUCCAUGAUGCCAGAUAGCAUCAUAGAUCGGAUCACCUAUGCUACAGGCAGCGAGCAUAGUAGAGCUUGGUGUAUCAGAUGAUUUCUAGUAGCCAUUGUAUGCAUGGCAGUGCCACCAUGGGCAUCUGUCUGCUAAAAAGUCAAGUGCUAUGGCUUCUUUACAUUCUAGUGCUCUAUAUCCCAUUGCAUGGAACGAGAGCUCUCAAUACUGAUGGUGAGGCACUUAUAAGCUUUAGGACAGCAGUUGUUAGCUCAGAUGGUGUCCUUACUCAAUGGAGGCCAGAGGAUCCUGAUCCAUGUAAAUGGAAGGGAGUGACUUGUGAUAGUAAAACUAAGAGAGUAACAAUUUUGAGUCUUACCAAUCACAAAUUAAGUGGACCCAUAUCCCCUGACCUUGGGAAGCUAGAGCAUUUAAAGCUUUUAAUGCUUCAUAAUAACAACUUCUAUGGGGCAAUUCCUCCAGAACUGGGAAAUUGCACAGAGUUGGAAGGGAUAUUCUUGCAGGGCAACUACUUAAGUGAAUUAAUUCCAAGUGAAUUGGGAAACCUAACUGGGCUUGUAAAUCUGGAUAUCUCAAGCAAUGCUCUCAGAGGAUAUAUCCCUCCCUCACUUGGGAAGUUAGAUAAGCUCAUUACAUUCAACGUAUCAAACAAUUUUCUGGUUGGACCCAUACCAUCAGACGGAGUGCUAAGCAACUUUCCAGCAGGCUCUUUCAUUGGAAAUCGUGAUUUGUGUGGAAAACAAAUCAAUGUGGCCUGCAAAGAUGAUAGACAUGGUAAGGGAGAUGCUGAAUCUUCUAGUUCAGCUAAUAAUCAAGGUGGGGAGAAGAAAAACUCUGGGAGGCUACUUAUUAGUGCAUCAGCAACUGUUGGUGCACUGCUUUUGGUAGCACUGAUGUGUUUCUGGGGAUGCUUCCUAUAUAAAAAGUUUGGUAAAAAUGAGGGGGAAAGCCUUGCCAUGGAUGUUAGUGGAGGGGCAUCAAUUGUUAUGUUCCAUGGGGACUUGCCAUACUCUUCAAAGGACAUCAUUAAGAAAUUGGAAAAUUUGAAUGAGGAACAUAUAAUCGGUUCUGGGGGCUUUGGAACAGUUUACAAGCUUGCAAUGGAUGAUGGCAGUGUGUUUGCCUUGAAACGAAUUGUCAAGAUCAAUGAGGGAUUUGAUCGGUUUUUUGAAAGAGAGCUUGAAAUUCUUGGAAGCAUUAAACAUCGAUACCUAGUAAAUUUGCGAGGAUAUUGCAAUUCUCCUACAUCAAAGUUGUUAAUUUAUGAUUUCCUAGCUGGUGGUAGCCUUGAUGAAGCUCUUCAUGAAAGAUCUGAGCAAUUGGACUGGGAUUCUCGCUUGAACAUUAUCAUGGGAGCAGCAAAAGGGCUUGCAUACUUACACCAUGAUUGUUCUCCUAGGAUCAUACACCGUGACAUAAAAUCAAGCAAUAUUUUGCUUGAUGGCAAUUUGGAAGCUCGGGUAUCUGACUUUGGGCUUGCCAAACUUUUAGAGGAUGAAGAAUCUCAUAUCACGACAAUUGUUGCUGGAACUUUUGGCUACUUGGCUCCAGAAUACAUGGUAAGUGGUAGAGCAACUGAGAAGACUGAUGUGUAUAGUUUCGGGGUUCUUAUGCUAGAAGUUUUGAGUGGGAAGAGACCUACUGAUGCAUCAUUCAUUGAAAAGGGACUUAACAUUGUUGGCUGGUUAAAUUUCUUGAUUACUGAAAAUAGGCAACGAGAGAUUAUUGGUCGAAACUGUGAGGGAGUUCAGGCAAAAAGCCUUGACGCCUUACUUUUUGUUGCCAUCCAAUGUGUUUCUUCAACUCCAGAGGACAGACCCACCAUGCACAGGGUGGUGCAGUUGCUUGAGUCUGUGGUCAUGACCCCAUGCCCCAGUGAUUUUUACGAUUCCAACUCUGAAUGAGUACUAGAAGUCAACACUGAUGGCAUGUUUGAGUUUGCAUCCAUGUUGCUGCUGUUUCUCACAGUUUUAGAGAAGUAAUGCAAGUGGUAAAACGAGCAACCCUAAAUCUGCAAACAGUUUCACUCUCCAUUUACUAAUUCAUUCUUUCAGCGGAUUUAUGGAAGCAAGAAAUGCAGCUCUUGAUCAAUUUGACCUCAAUCUGAUCCAUUGGGAUAGAACCGUGUCUUGGGUGCAUUGACCUCUGGGUGUCCUCAUUUUGCAUGGGUGCGUGCAGACUUUUCUCUUUCACCAUGUGAGUCGUUGGUAUGACUUAUGGGUCACUUCUUUUACUUUUUGUGGUUUAGCCCCAUUUGCUUUAAUGAAAUUUGUAACCUCCUAUUGCAUUUCUACCAGAUUUAAGUGUAUAUGACCGUUGUAUAAACUAUGAACACCAUCCCUCUUGGCUGAUUCUUAUUGUUUAUGCCAUUUUGUAAAAUUUGUUAAAUAAGUUCUCUGGAUGAAUGAAGAUUGCCAGAUCCAGCUACUUCAAUC